UAGGACAGUGUUUGAGUGCCAAGACUUGUGGGGAAUGCAUAUCGGAGUCAAAGGACUGUUUUUGGUGCGAAGACGACACCUUUAGCCACCCAUUCAGAUGUAAUGGCGAACAUCAGCUCCGGUCUCAUGACUGCAGCAAAGAUAAGAUGAUUGGACCGCAAAUGACUGUCCGGACAAUACUGGAUAAAGAGUUUAGUAAAAAGUUUGGUUCAAUAGUUCAACUGAAACCUCAGAAACAUAGGCUUUCUAUGAGAAAUAAUUCCUCGUGGAGAAUACCGAUCCAUUUCCGACAGGCAGAUGACUACCCCAUGGAUCUCAUGAAUAUUCGGUCGUCGGUUGAACUGAGAGUCGAACGAAUAUCUGAUUUCAUUGAAAUUGAUUUGCACUCAAAGUGUGAAACUGAGACCGAAAUGAAGACCAAUAAGUGUACGUUUAAGGGACGGCCGGACAUCACAUUCUUCGCAGACAUCAGAGUGAAGUCAUGUCCUGCAGACAGAUCUCUUUGGGAGCAGAAGAUUAAAAUCGGCUUAACGAAUAUCAACGAAAGCGUGGAAAUUGAUUUACAAAUGCUAUGUGAAUGCGAGUGCGAAAAGCCCGACAAAAUAGUGAAGAACUCUGCCGAGUGUCACAACGCCGGCACCUUUGCCUGUGGUAUAUGUGCCGCUUGUAAUGGCAACCGGGCGGGCGAGCAGUGCGAAUGCGAUCUCGAAAAACCUAUUGUUCAUAAAGACCCUGAUGCUCGUUGCAAACAUAAGGACAUAUUCAGGAUAUGUAGUGGUCGUGGGAGGUGUGAGUGUUUCCAGUGUAGCUGCGAUUACGGCUUUUCCGGCGACUACUGUCAGUACGACGACUCCAACUGUCAUCCCGACAACGAUAAGGACCUUAAGAUAUGCAACGGGAACGGCAGGUGUAUUGAAUCCAAGUGUAACUGUACUAAAGGUUAUACAGGAAAAUACUGCGACUGUCCCACAGACCCGAGUUGGUGUAGUCAAACAGUUAAUGGACAGCAAAAGGAAUGGGAUCAACAGAUCAACAACUCUGCCGACACAGAGGGUGUCGUCAAUGAGAAACUCUACGCUCACAUGAAGAGCGAACUGAAGGACAGACCCUCUUCACCGGAAGUGUUGUGGCGAAUGACCAUACUGACCACUUCUCACGAUAUCGAAGACCAGGACUCCCUCUCUGACCACUCAUUGAAUCCAAACAUCGUUUCCAUGUCUUCGUUGUCUGAAAGAUAUAAAACAUAA